AUGCAUUUUCCAACAGAACCUCUCACCCAAGAAACACAGCAGAACCAUCUUUGCUUUCGACUUCACUGCUUCAUGAAUGGAGACUGGGAACGUAGAGAAGGAAAGAUUAUCCUGUUUGAUUUCAUGCGUGAUGAUCCCGAUAAUUUUGAAAAACUGAAGAAAAGCAUUGUAACAUUGUUGUGCCCAGUGUUGUACAUGAAUCAUCAUGGAUCAUCACAAUCCGAUGAAACUAUACUUUCUAAAUUACGUCUAUUUUCAAAACACGGCACAGAAUUUACAAACUUUGAACAGAUCAGAGAUGAUGAUGUCUUGUUCCUUUCAUGUUUUGCAGAAGACUUUUCCAAUGUUCGCUUGAAAAUGAUGAAGCAGUCUUCUCUGGUCAACAUCAGUAGUAUCAACAACAAGACAACAACAGAUGUGGUAUUAACAGAGAAGGCAACAACAACACACUCAACAACACCAACAACGAUGAUCAUUACCAAUAUUAUUAACAGCAAGAGCAUUAAGAUGCCUUUUUGCAAUUGUAGUAGUAUUGCAGAAUUGAAAAAACAGCUUUUAAACAACCAGGAAUAUAUGGAAGGAUUAUUCGGUAACCCAAACUAUCCUCUCAAGUUUGUUGAAGAUGUAAUCUUGAUUAGUAAUGGAAAAGAGCUCAAAGACUCUACUUGUUGUGUUGUACCCACAUCCGAAACAUUGUCCAACUCUCAUACUUUCCUUCUCACCAAAAAACCUCAAUACUUUGUCAAGCUCAUGAUGGAAGGUGGCAGAACGAUCAUUGUGGACAGUGAAGCCAUUACUUUUGAGUCCACAGUGGCUGAAUUUAAAAAGUUUGUGGAAAAACGAAUGAGAGUGAACAUGACAGAAAUGAAUGAAAAUAGAAAGCUCGUUCUCCUUUGGAAUCAACAGAAAAUUUUGGACGAAUCGAAGAGCAUUGGUGAGGCAUUUCCUUCUCAGUCGACCCUUUGUCUCGUUUUUGUGUAA